AUGCCGGGCAAAUACAUUGAAAAAUAUGAUCAGGUCCCUGUGACCAAGGAAGACCUUGACUGGGCUGAGCUUAUCACACUGGACCUUACCCAGUAUGACCAACCUGGAGGAAAGGAAGAUCUUGUCAAGCAGCUCGAUCACGCUGUUAGAAAUGUUGGAUUCUUUUACGUUAAGAACUUUAACAUUAGCCAAGAAGAGAUCGACAACCAGUUCGCUCUAGGGCGGGAGUUCUAUGCCCUGCCACUUGAAGAGAAACUCAAGUUCCACAGCGCCAGUGAUCUUGAAAGAGGUGAAUAUAACUCUUACCGUCCUGCAGGGCACCGAAUCUUAGGAAAUGGCAUCAAGGAUAAUGUCCAGGUAUACAAUAUUCCAAAGUUCGACGGUUACCACGAGCGUCCCCAGCCCUCUGUCAUUGCCGAAAACAUUAAGGAGAUUGAAACUUUCAGUCGGAAAUGCCACACCGAAGUUGUUGAGAAGCUUCUCCGCCUCUUCGCAAUCCUGCUCGAGCUGCCAGACGAAGACCAACUAGUCCGCGACCACCAAUACGACCUCAAGGGCGAGGAUCAUCUGCGCUAUAUGCAUUAUGCAGCCCGCAGCGCUGAGGAUAACAAGAAGGUCGGUGAGCUCUACAGUCCCGGCCACACAGACUUGGGAACAGUUACUCUUCUGUUCCGACAACCGGUAGCUGCACUUCAGAUCCUGAACUCAGAGGGUCAAUGGAAGUGGGUCAAGCCCCAGGACGGGACCAUUACUAUCAACACAUGCGACGCCCUCACCGCGCUCACGGGUGGCUUGAUUAAGUCGAGUAUUCACCGGGUCCACGCACCCCCUGCUGACCAGGCUCAUAUUGAUCGAUUGGGUGUGUUGUAUUUUGCUCGCCCCAACAACCACGUUAUCCUUGACCCAAUUCAGAACAGCCCCCUCCUCCAGAGACUUGGCUUGACUACCAACGCGUUCACCGAACUUGGACAGCACCUGACGACUGAGCAGUGGGUUAAAGUUCGACAGACACAGCAGCAGCGAAAGAAUCGGGAUGUCAAGAUUUCUAGUGAGGGGAAAUACACCUAUAAGCCGAAGGAUCUCGAGAUCAUUCCUGGCCUCCAGGCGGCGAUCUACAACUAA